UUUGGAAUCAAACACUAAAUCAGCGUUUACUCGUGUUACAUACCAAAGGAAGAAUCGAGUAAACAACAACACAGCAGUGGAUAGGUUUCUCACCUCUCAUGUGGAAGAAGUGGUUUCCAUAUCAGAUGCUAUCUCCAGUUACGUCUAAGGAGGCUCAACACACCUGCGAGUGACACAUUUACUUUUGACACCAAGCGCCAUCGUUGUUGAAACGGUUGAAACUGCUUCUGUUAGCUUAGUAAACUAUGCCGGGAACUGCAGGGGCAGCUGACCUGCCGCCGACAAAAACAAUAAUUGUCUACAGGAACGGAGACGCUUUCUUUCCCGGAAGGAAAGUAGUCGUGAAUCCGCGGCAGGUGUCAACCUUUGACAACUUGCUGACCUAUUUGACCAGAGGGAUUGAGGCUCCGUUUGGCGCCGUGAGGAAGCUGUACACUCCCACAGAGGGACACAAAGUUCAGCAUAUGGACGAUUUGAAGCAUGGGAGUGCAUAUGUUGCAGGCGGAAAUGAACAGUUUAAAAAGCUGGACUAUUGUGAGAUUACACACAAGAAGCCACAGAAUAAGGAAAAAGAACCGAUCCUACCUGUUGUUCACAGCAGAUUAGUAGUUUCUGCUCGCUGGAGGAGAACUUCUGAUGAGUCUUGUACGAUAAAUGUCUUCACCAACGGAGAUGUCUUGGUUCCUCCAGCUCGAAUACGGAUCCCAAAGUAUACUCUUAGAAGCUGGGAAAAUGUUUUAGCAAUGGUGACAAAGAGAGUGGGUCUUCGCACUGGGGCUGUGUACAGGCUUUGCAGAUUAGAUGGACGUCCUGUCUGUGGUCCCACUGAACUUCAGAAUAACCAGCACUAUGUUGCAGUUGGUGCAGAAAAGUUUAAAGCUCUCCCAUAUGAGCACCGCACCCCCUGCAGGGAUUUAAUCCGGGAAAACAAGAUGUUUGAAGGCCAAGACACCCUGCCUGCCAUUAGAAAGACAAGACAUGCAAAGGAUGUGUUUGCUCACACAGGCUUUAGAGAGGACCUUGAGCCCGCAGCCAGGGGCCAGAUGCAGAAACCCACAGCCAAGCUGCAGAGAACCAAACAACAGAGGCAGGUGUCCAGAAACCCAGUUCUCCUCUCAACAGGGGAGGGCAGCGUGUUCCAUGCACAAAACAAAAGAAGUGAGGUGGCAGGAGCAGCCGAGGUGCAGGAAGAGCGCCAGUUGAAGGUGGACCUGCCAAUUGAUCAGGUUGAGGCCAAGAUAGUUGACGAGGAGUAUGAGGAUAGGAGUUGUUGUGCGAGCCCCUGCAAGGCCUCCCUCCAUGAUUCAGACGGCUUGUAUCUGCAGAGGUCUUUUUCGGCAGGUUCUGGGAAGGAUGAGGCUAAAGAGAGGGAGGUGUCUUCCAGGCUUUGCAGAAUACGGUCAUGGAUGUCCUGGUUUUUCAAGGCAGAUCCCGAUCUAACAGUGAAAACACUGGGGCAAGAACAUCGUCAACAUGGCAUUCACACCUGCUGUUAUUUCCCCCGGGACUUGGAAUCACACAUUUGAAACAAUCCUCCAGGGGAUAUUUAGACCAAUCAAACUGCUGGUGCUCACAAACGAUGUGGAUGAGGUCGAGGACAUGAGGAGCCCACCGGAGAGAGAACAGAUGUCACAUGCCUCUUGCACUACGCUCAGGGUUGUGUGUGUGUUCUGCGCUGUGACAGGUAGCGUGUCGUGGUUGAAAGGUAAGGCCGGGCCCUGCUCCCAGAAGGAAAUGGGGGGCCAAUAAGGGGGGAAGGGGCAUCAGGAUUAAAAGAAAUAUAUGAAAAUAGGUCCAGGAUGUAGACACCUUGCUCCAUCGAAACUGGGAUUGUAAAAUGUUAUGUUUGUGUAUGGCAUGUUUUCAAACUGAGCUCAGA